CCGGUGAAUGAAUUGACAAACAAUCUAUACCGGGAGUCCAAGGUAUCGCCUGUCGAUGCGGAAUAAGCUGUGACCGUAGAAUACCUUAACUGGCUCUCCGACGAUGUGCGCGUCAGGCUAAACAGCUUGCACCCUCCAUAAUCUUCGGCUGACAAAGCUUUUUCCUAGAUCUACAGUCCGUCCAUUACUAUUCUGCAGCACAACACUGCAGUUCCCACAGAGCCCCAACAUCAUUUUGAUGCAAAGCGGAAUAUUGGUUUCUGCGCUUAAUCGGGAAUAAAAUUGGAAGAGCCUGGGAAUGUUUUCAAGCUGUGCGCUCACGUGGACCAACUAGGAGAGGCAACUCGAGUAUAUACAGUAUAUUCUGAUUCUCGAUGAUAAUUCACCCGGGUUAUAACGCAAUGUUUCCAGAAAUUAAUAUCAAGACAGGGAGGCCCGAUGCCUACUCCCAGCAACACAAACUCCAACCUGACUGCACGCGCCUUGGGUUCAGCCGGGCCUACCAGCAGCAGCAGAACUGUGGCACGGGCAAAGGCACCCUGCCCAAGCUGGAUACUAAGCCCUUGGUUGUGAACAAUGCCAAGUACCAUCACCAGUCCGAAAGCAUCCUGCCCCACAUUACAAGCAAGGGCCUGCAGAACACCUGUGAUGUGCAGCUUUCAGGAACCAGGCACCAGGAAAGCUUCCAGGAUGAGAGAUCACGGAGCUCCACAGUGGAGAGUCUGCCAGAGUCCAUCAACAGGAAGAACAAUCAGGAACAGGAGAGACAUAUUGAGGGACACAAUCUGCCCAUGUCUCCUGCAGAGGUCCUGAAGGCGUUCAAAGAUCGUAUGACUGUGCAUGAGCAGGAGGAGAUCAUGGACUAUUCCGAGGUCUGGUACCUGGGCCUGGACGCCAAGAAGAUGGAGGGCUCCCCCAGCCUGCCCCACAACUCUGGCUACGACGAUGAGAGCGGAGGAUAUCUGAAGGUCGCACAUGACCACAUAGGCUUCCGGUUUGAGGUGCUGGAGGUCAUCGGGAAAGGAUCCUUCGGACAGGUCCUGAAGUGCCUGGAUCACAAGACUAAUGAACUUGUCGCCAUCAAGGUCAUUCGCAACAAGAAAAGGUUCCACCACCAGGCCAUGGUGGAGUUGAAGAUCCUGGAUGUGUUGAGAAGGAAGGACAGAGACAAUCAACACAACGUCAUUCACAUGAAGGAGCACUUCUACUUCCGCAACCAUCUCUGCAUCUCCUUCGAGCUCCAGGGAGUGAACCUGUACGAACUCAUCAAGAAGAACAACUUCCAGGGCUUCAGCCAGAUCCUGGUGCGCCGCUUCGCCUACUCCCUCCUCAAGUGCCUGCAGAUGCUGCACAAAGAGAAGAUCAUCCACUGUGACCUAAAACCAGAAAACAUUCUCCUGUCACACAAAGGCCAAGGCAACAUCAAGGUCAUUGACUUUGGCUCCAGCUGCUACGAGCAGCAGAGAGUUUACACCUACAUCCAGAGCCGCUUCUACCGCUCCCCAGAGGUGCUCCUGGGCCAUCCCUACAGCAUGGCCAUCGACAUGUGGAGCUUUGGCUGCAUCCUGGCUGAGCUCUACACUGGCUUCCCCCUCUUCCCGGGGGAAAGUGAGGUGGAGCAGAUUGCCUGCAUCAUGGAGGUGCUGGGAAUGCCUCCAAAUGAUUUCUUAUCAACAGCGACCAGGAAAAGGCUAUUUUUUGAUUCCAAGGGCAACCCCAGGAACAUCACCAACAGCAAGGGGAAAAAGAGACGGCUGAACUCCAAGGAUCUGGCCAGUGUCCUGAAGACCAACGAUCCUCUCUUUCUGGACUUCAUCAAACGCUGUCUCACGUUGGACCCUAAGAAGCGCAUGACGCCCAAUGAGGCCAUGCAACAUGAGUGGAUCCAGGAGUCCCGCUCCAACAAGUUUCGGCCCAAGACACGCACCGUGAGAAGACCCAGCGAGAGCCUCAGCACCGUAGAGAACAACAACAACAAGAUAGAGCAGCAUAUUCCCCACAAACCAGCCCUCAUCAACAGGAUAGUUGACAAGGCAUUCUCCAGCCCGUUCUCCAACGCCACAGACAGGCCCAAGAGAGAGCACUGUGUGAAGCUGGCAUCUGCCGAGCGCUUGCGUCCGAUCGGGGCUUCGGCAGAGUGUCAGAUGGGCGAGGGCAGGACCAAGAGCACCAGGGCUAGCAAGCAGGAGGUACCCAGGGAGAGAUCAGUCCACAUCGUCAUCAGGACCCCACUGGAACACACUGCAGACGCAGACAGGGACAGUCUGGAGCACCAGCAGGGCCUGUCCCCCAUCACAUGAAGGCCCCAGGAACAGAGGGCUUGGGGCUGGGAGGGGGUUGAGGGGAGGGGGGAUGCAUAGGUCACAUCAGGGUUAAUAUCAUCAGAGGUUACACAUAAGACACAUAUUAAUAACAUUAAAAGGGGGUCAUGGUUGGAGUAUAUCCUGUUUUGUAGAUGUAGUGGGUCAUCAAUUUCUUAUAUAUGUGCUGCACUAUAGAAUGUAUUUCCUAGUCCAAUGGUAUGUUUAGCGCUUGGACUCUGUCUAGCAGCAGGAGAGGUCUUUGGAACACAGAGGUAGUGGUGAGUCUUUGGGUAGAUAAAUGAUCUGUGUAUCAGCAAAUGUCGGUCUUCUCUGGCAUUGCAGUAGUCACAGAUGGGCUUACUGCGUCUAGAAUGUGGCCACAUUCACUUGUCAUAAGUUUGGAAUGUAGCACAAGUCACUUACAUUAGUUUAGAAUGGCUGGGAGAUGCUGUGAGGUGGGAUCCCUUAGCUUAGAACCCAGAUGGAUGCCCAGAUUGGCCUGUUUUCCAUUCUCGGUCUAGGCAGGUUAGGCCAAGCCACGUUUCCUGUCAUUUCGCCAGAGGUUUAAAGGUCUUUGAGUAGUCUAAUUCCCUGCAUGUUUUCUACUGGCAUUGAAGUUUUGGCUUUGACAACACAGAUGUCUCACCCGAAAUAUACGCAGGUUAAGCCCUGCCACCUGUUUGCACUGAAAUACGGAUGGCACGCCCAAGGAGUUGCCCAUGCCAUGGAUGUGAUGCUUAAGGCUCUUAGCAGCACAAAGCAUCUCCCAUGCACGGAGAUGGUGGUGAUAGUGGAAAACCGAAAAGCACUAGUGUGCACGAGCUCACCUCGAGAUUACUCAGAGUUUACCAUGUUUAUGGAGUUUGACUUUGACUCAGUGAUUUGUGGUUGUUGACCAAAGUAUUAUUGGUAGUGUUGCAUUACUAGUUUAUUAUGAAGAUUCAUAUAACCCUAGGUGUUACUGAAUAAAAUUACAAUCACUUGUAAGUCAGUGAAAGGGCUGUCGAACUGACAACAACUGUUAGCUCCAGAACAGGGCCCUCAAGUGGUCAAUGAAAAGGAAUGUUAUUUUCCUGACCUGAAAUGCGUAGCUUGGACUGAGAUUGGAUGGUUUUAUAGUCUUCAUAAGUCAUUGUCAUAUACAAAGUGUCCCAAUAUCUACAAAACAGUAAUAUUCUGACCAGUGAUCCUCACCACUUGUUAUUCAAAUGUGCCUUUCAGCAUCAGAAGUGACCUCCAUCUGACCCACAAUGCAUCAUCUGUUUUUUACCCCUCCUCACACAAACUUCAUUUUUAGAAAGCUCUUAAUUCCUUGUCAAAGCAGUUUAAUCUAUUUUCAUUAACUUCUCUUACCUUGACAAAAGGACAAUUUGCUACAAUGUUGAGUUUUCUUCAAUAAAACCUGGGCCAAAUGAA